AUGAGCAGCUUGAUUGGCAGCACAUUGCACUUUGAUGUGCGCAUUCCGCACAACUUUGGUCUGAAGGUGCUACCAUUGCUGGACAGCUUGAAGGUGAUCAAAACCAAGUGUCGAGUGGAGGGAGAGUCGGAGCGUAUAAAGGCGCUGGACAACUGCAUGAUACUCUGGCUCCGUUCUCGUCGCGCAAACCGGGCAGGCACCUGGUAUAUGUUUGGCAAGGUCUCCUACUUCUCUUACAUGGCGUGCAGAUCGGCUGAUUACUGCUGUACCUCACCCAGUUUCUCCCGGGGCUGCCUUCUUCUCUGUAAAGUGGCUCUCGGUAAAACUCACGACUGUUUCGUUGGCAGCACCUCUCGAUGCCUCAGGCAAAUUGGUGGUGGCAAAGUUAAAUCUGUGCCCUAUUGA